CUUUCUCUGCCGUUUGACGCUAAUCAAUCGAAUAUACUACAAGAUGUCUGGACGUGGUAAAGGAGGCAAGGCACGCGCCAAGGCCAAGAGCCGCUCUUCCCGUGCGGGUCUCCAGUUCCCGGUUGGCCGAGUUCAUCGCUUCUUGCGCAAGGGAAACUAUGCCGAGCGCGUGGGUGCCGGCGCGCCGGUGUACCCGGCGGCGGUGCUGGAGUACCUGACGGCCGAGAUCCUUGAGCUGGCUGGCAACGCUGCUCGCGACAACAAGAAGACCAGAAUCAUCCCCCGUCACCUUCAGCUGGCCGUCCGUAACGACGAGGAGUUGAACAAGCUGCUGUCCGGCGUCACCAUUGCUCAGGGCGGCGUUCUCCCCAACAUCCACGCCGUACUUCUCCCCAAGAAGACCAGCAAGGCUCAGUAAUUCCAGACGGAGGCCCACAUCCCGAAACCCCGGCCCUUUUCAGGGCCACCCACAUCCUCUCGAAAGAACUGUAUCAUCAUAUCUACCCUCUACCAUCGUUGUUGUGACAAUAAAGUAAUGAAAAAUACAAGUAAUAAAACUGCAAAUAUAGCGCACAUUGCACUUGUCUACACUUAGUCGCAUCCUUGCACGUCCCACUCCCUUCUAAACAAAAUAUAGCGUUACACAUGAUCACACGAGGAAAGACUGCUAUAUCAUGACAGUCCUAUGCUCGCUGACAUAUCUGUAGAUUAUACUUUUAUUGCACAGCAUUGCUACAUGGUACCAAGUAUGUCAUCUACUAGUAUAUAUCAUUUUAUAGAAGAGAUUGAACACGUGUAGUCUGGUGUGUUG